CCCUGUACACCUCCCAGCCUGCUGCUGCUGCUGAGCCCAGAGAGCACACAGAGUGGAGUGCCCGGGGACGAUCGCUGCCCUGCAUACAGGUUUGGAUGGUCUGCGAUUUCUGAAUAGUGAGGAGGUACUGUUAUCCUAAAGAAGGAUGCCGCCUCCUUCGGAUAUAGUCAAGGUGGCCAUUCAAUGGCCUGGAGCGUACCCAAAGUUAAUGGAAAUUGACCAAAAAAAGCCUUUAUCUGCUAUCAUAAAGGAAGUCAGUGAUGGAUGGUCUAUCAUUCAGAAUCAUGAAGAGUUGGCACUUCAGUAUGCUGAAGGUUCUGGGUUCUAUAUCACAGAAAAAAAUCGCAAUGAGAUCAAGAAUGGAGCUAUUCUUCGGUUAACUGCAUCACCAACUCACACUGCGCAGCAGCUCCAUGACAGAGUCCAAUCUUCCAGCAUGGAUGUCAAACUUGAAGCACUAAAAGAUUUGGCAAAAUUUUCAAGGGAUAUUACAUUUGCACAAGAAUUCAUAAACCUGGAUGGCAUCUACCUCCUCACGCAAAUGGUGGAAAGUGGCAAUGAGCGAUAUCAGAAGUUGCAGAAGAUAAUGAAACCAUGCUUUGGAGAAAUGCUUUCUUACACUUUGACAGCAUUCGUUGAGCUGAUGGAUCAUGGAAUCGUAUCAUGGGAUACUUUCUCAGUGACAUUUAUUAAAAAAAUUGCCAGUUAUGUGAACAAAUCUGCAUUGGAUGUGUCUAUUUUGCAGAGAUCUCUAGCCAUUCUUGAAUCUAUGGUCCUAAACAGUCAUGAUUUGUAUCAGAAAGUGGCGCAGGAGAUAACUAUUGGACAGUUAAUUCCACACCUUCAGGGGACAGAUCAAGAGAUUCAGACAUACACUGUCGCAGUAAUCAAUGCACUUUUCCUCAAAGCCCCAGAUGAUAAAAGACAGCAUUACAUUGAGGACAGCAUUGACAUUCUUGAUUUCCCUCUAAGCGAGAUGGCAAACAUACUGGCACAAAAGCAACUCCGUUCCAUUAUCCUCACACAUGUCAUCAGAGCCCAGAGAACCAUUAAUAAUGAGAUGGCACACCAGCUCUAUGUAUUGCAAGUUUUAACUUUCAAUCUCUUGGAGGAUAGAAUGAUGACCAAAAUGGAUCCUCAAGACCAAGCCCAAAGGGAUAUUAUAUUUGAGUUACGUAGAAUUGCUUUUGAUGUAGAGCCAGACCAAAACACUCUUGGUGGGAGCAUUGAGAAAAGAAAAUCUAUGUACACCCGGGACUAUAAAAAGCUUGGAUUCACUAACAAUGUCAACCCAGCAUUAGAUUUUACCCAUACACCUCCAGGAAUGCUGGCUCUCGACAAUAUGUUGUACUUCGCUAAACACCACCAAGAUGCCUACAUACGGAUUGUAUUGGAAAACAGUAGUCGAGAAGAUAAGCAUGAGUGCCCAUUUGGUCGCAGUAGUAUAGAACUAACCAAGAUGCUCUGUGAAAUCCUCAAAGUGGGAGAGCUACCAAGCGAAACCUGCAAUGAUUUUCACCCUAUGUUCUUCACACACGAUCGAGCGUUUGAGGAGUUCUUUUGUAUCUGCAUCCAGCUGCUGAACAAGACUUGGAAAGAAAUGAGGGCAACUUCUGAAGACUUCAACAAGGUAAUGCAAGUCGUGAAAGAACAGAUCAUGAGAGCACUCACAAACAAGCCAAGUUCUCUGGACCAGUUCAAAAGUAGACUUCAGAACCUCAGCUAUACCGAGAUCUUGAAAAUCCGUCAGUCAGAGAGAAUGAACCAGGAAGAUUUUCAGUCCCGUCCGAUUCUGGAACUCAAAGAGAAGAUCCAACCUGAAAUACUAGAACUGAUAAAGCAACAAAGACUUAAUCGACUUGUGGAGGGAACUUGCUUUAGAAAACUGAACAGUCGAAGGCGACAAGAUAAGUUUUGGUAUUGUCGACUUUCACCUAAUCACAAAGUGUUACACUAUGGAGACUUGGAAGAGAGUCCUCAAGGGGAGGUACCACAUGACAAUUUGCAAGACAAAUUGCCAGUGGCUGACAUUAAAGCAAUAGUAACUGGAAAAGACUGCCCACACAUGAAGGAGAAAGGUGCUCUCAAACAAAACAAGGAGCUGCUUGAGCUAGCAUUUUCAAUCAUGUAUGAAUCCAACUGCCAACUAAAUUUCAUUGCUCCAGAUAAACAUGAGUACUGCAUAUGGACAGAUGGACUUAAUGCCUUACUUGGAAAGGAAAUGAUCAGUGAUCAAACAAGAACUGACAUGGACACAUUGCUUAGCAUGGAAAUAAAACUACGCCUUCUAGAUCUGGAAAACAUACAAAUUCCUGAUGCACCUCCCCCAAUUCCAAAGGAGCCUAGCAAUUACGAUUUUGUUUACGACUGCAACUGAGACCAUCAGCAAACAUGCAUUCUUCAACUGGAAUUAUUAGAACUGGAGACUUAAAAGAGGAAACUAUUUUAUUUCAGGUCAUCUUCCCCUACCCUUUCUUUUCAGACGUUCAGUAUUUGGCCGAUUCAGGCAUAUCAUAGAAGUAAACUCAAUUGUAAGUUACAAUGGGCAUUUGCCCUCGAAAAGCACCAGGAACUAGAUGUCCAUAUUCUUCAUGCUUUAAAUGACAUGUUAAUAAGGAAUUGUCCUACAGACUGGUGCUCUUAGCUUUAUUUUCUGGAUGAAGGAGGAGAAUAGACUUGAUGGGCAAUGCUGCUUUUUUUUUGUUGUAAUAAGAGGCACAAACGAAGGCUACUGAUGACCACUCUGAAUCUUUGAAUUGAAUUUUCUCAUCCUCUGCUUUUUCUUUUGCUUCUAAAAUAGAACUAGUGUUAAGGUUCUUUAGACCCAGUCAAAUGACAGGUUUAGCAUAAACUACUACAGUCACUGAAUUAUGAAACACCUUUCUUGCACUUGUAUUUUGAGAAUUCGGUAUUAGUAGAGUGCUGCUGAUCUGUAUACCAUUGUAAAUGCACACAUAUCCACUUGGAAGCUUUGUUUCACAGCACAUAGUACUUAAAAGAGACCAGAGACAGAAAACAGAAUUGCGAUUUAUAAAAAAAAGUAAUAACAGCCCAUAUAACUACCACUGAUGGGAGUUUUAAUGGAAAAUGCUACAUUUAUUAGGUGUUUAAGUGCUUAAACAUCUUUUAGGUUAAGUGAUCUGUUACCAAGUCUGCGAUUUACUUAAAAAUCACUUCUUGGCCUUUAUCCUAUUUUCAUCAUAUCCUAAAAGAACACAAUUUGCAUGUAUAAAGAUUAUUUAAGCAGGAAACAUUUUCUUUACCAGGGUUAGGGUUAUUUUUUUUUUUUUAAAUGGCUGUUUAGAAAAAAGGAGAAGAUACUGGUGACCAUUUCAGGUUUCUGAAUAUCAAGCAACAACCAAAACAUAUGAAGAUUCUGUACUGGUAAUCACUGUGAUGUCACUAAACCAACAUAUCACAAAAAUGGUGAGCUUAGCAAGAAUAACAUAAACGAAGAUAUAAGUAGAAGCAGAAUUUGUGUUUUUGUUACAGUUUUGUAAAAGUACUUGGACUGUUUAUGAAGCGGGUAGAUCUGCUGUAUAUGGCCAGUGACUACAUAAUGCAUAUGAUAACUCGCCAUAAAACAUCAGUCUAACACAUGGUUUACUAAUAUGACCUUUUUGCCAGGUUUCCUUGACCCAGAUAACACAUGGCACAUGUGGUUUGAUCAUUUUUACAGAUAUAUUCUUAUUGCAUCUUUAGGGUAUAGAGCAACCAGCUAUUUCACAGGCAAUUUAGUAAAAUCAUGUUUGUUCCUAAAAUUAGCAAUUUAUACAUUGCCACAUUUCCAUUGUUUACCUUAUGGAUUUUCUAUUUAUUUAAUAUAUGCUGAACAUUUCAUCCAGUGACGUGGAAAAGUUGUACAUAUUCAUAAUAAACAGUAUGUGCUUUUCUUCUGUU